AUGCGCAGUCGCCCGAAGCUACCUCCCAAUCUUCGCGUCAACACCAACAUGCCUCCACACUCGCCCAUCGCGAGCCACUUCCGCAACAAACUUACUUGUCAAGUACGGCGUGUGCUGCCCGUGUACCUUGUGGUACUCUUCUUGUUGUUGUUCUUUGCAAACACCCACUUCUUCACCACACCCAUACGGGCCGCGCACAGGUAUCGGCGGGAGCUCAAGUACCAGCAGCCGCUCCAGAUCACGACAGCGACAAUACCGAAGAAGAUAUGGCAGACGUGGAAAGUCGGCCCUCUUGGCUUUGAGCAAAGAGAUUCAGAUAGCGCGAAGACGUGGCCGGCGAAGAACCCAAACUAUCGUUAUGAGGUCCUCACUGACGACAAUGCGAUUGAGUACCUCAACUUCCAGUACGGCCCAGAGGGCCUAAAUCGCCAGGAUCUGAUCGACUUCUACCAAGAGCUCAACAUUACUAUCAUCAAGGCAGAUUUGCUUCGAUACCUUGUUAUGUACGCCGAAGGUGGUGUAUACGCUGACAUCGAUGUCGAAGCUCUGCGUCCGGUCCAGCGCUUCAUACCCGAGCGGUAUAAUGAAGCGGAAGUCGACAUGAUCAUUGGCGUCGAGAUCGAUGAGCCAGCCUUCGCUGACCACCCAAUAUUGGGAUCCAAGUGCAUGUCGUUCUGCCAGUGGACCUUUGCAGCCAAACCUCGCCUGCCUGUAAUGAUGCGACUGAUCGAGAAUAUCCAAGACUGGAUCCACGAGCUCGCCGGAGAAAAGGACGUGCCAUUGUCUGAACUGAAGCUCGAUUUCAACGAGGUCAUCAGCGGCACCGGUCCAUCCGCCUUUACGCGAGCAGUCUUGCAGCAAAUGACGACGCAGAAUAAUGGAAAGGAAGUUACUUGGGAGCCAUUCCAUAACCUCAGAGAGUCACGCCUGAUAGGCGGUAUGUUGGUCCUGAAUGUUGAGGCGUUCGCCGCUGGUCAAGGUCAUUCUGAUUCCGGCAAUCAUGAUUCACGAGGUGCGCUCGUCAAGCACCACUACCAUGCCUCUGGCUGGCCGGCGUUACAUCCACGGAAGAACCACCCCAUGUUCGGCGAGGUUGAGAAGUGCAAUUGGAACCCUAGCUGUGUUGCUGAAUGGGACAAGAAUGUCGCAGAAUGGGAGACAUUAUCAAAAGACGAGCAGGACAAGCGACUGGCUGAGAAGCCCCAUGAAGGCCUGUGA